CAUAAAACCACCAACACAUAGCCCCUUGGAUUCACCUCAUAAACAAUUGCAUCACCAAUUUUCUACACUUUCCUUUUACCAACCUCGCACACUCUAUAUAUAAUAUACACAAAACUCUUAGUUGCAACUAUAUCAAACACAAGUUAGUGUACUAACAUCCUCAUGUGCAUAAAAAUGGAAACAAACUCAAAAAAUAUGUCCAAAACUAACUUUGUUAGAAACCUCACCCUUCUUGCCCUUUCCAUUAUUGUACUAACAUCCACAUUGACAAACACAAAAUUCACCCUUUACCUCACAAUAUUUAUCCCCAUCAUAUUAUACUUGGUCUAUUCCUUAUUCUCUACUCAUGCACAAAAAUUCGGAAAUAUCCCUCCUGGUCCGUUUUCUCUCCCCAUCUUUGGUAAUUGGCUCCAAGUAGGGAACGACCUUAACCACCGCCGUUUGGCCGCCCUCUCCAAGACCUAUGGCUCUGUGUUCCUCCUCAAGCUUGGGGUUCGAAACCUAGUUGUGGUCUCGAACCCUAAGCUUGCUUGCGAGGUCCUCCACGCACAAGGGGUGGAGUUUGGAUCCCGACCUAGGAAUGUUGUCUUCGACAUCUUCACAGGAGGAGGCCAAGACAUGGUUUUCACCGUCUAUGGUGAUCACUGGAGGAAGAUGCGGCGUAUAAUGACAUUGCCAUUCUUCACCAACAAGGUGGUGAAUACUUAUAGCCUUAUGUGGGAGGAAGAAAUGGACAAGGUUGUUAGUGAUUUAAAGGAGGAUGAUAACAUAGUUGGCAUCAAAGCGAAAAGUGUAGGGUUUGUGAUUAGGAAGAGGCUGCAACUAAUGCUUUACAAUAUAAUGUAUAGGAUGAUGUUUGAUGAAGGUUUCGAGUCUAUGGAAGAUCCCAUGUUUUCAGAGGCGACCAAGUUUAACUCUGAAAGGAGUAGAUUAGCUCAAAGUUUUGAGUAUAAUUAUGGAGAUUUUAUACCUUUGCUUAGACCAUUUUUGAGGAGGUAUUUGAGCAAGUGCAGAGACUUGCAGCAGAGAAGGCUGGCCUUCUUCAAUAACCACUACGUCGAGAAACGAAGGAAAAUAAUGGCUGCAAAUGGAGAAAAACACAAGAUAAAUUGUGCCAUUGACUACAUAAUUGAUUCACAAAACAAAGGAGAAAUAAGUGAGGAGAAUGUUCUCUACAUUGUCGAGAACAUUAAUGUAGCAGCCAUAGAAACGACGUUAUGGUCAAUGGAGUGGGCAAUAGCGGAGCUAGUAAACCAUCCGAAAAUCCAACAAAAAAUCCGGCAAGAAAUCGCCACCGUACUAAAAGGAAAGCCAGUCACAGAAGCAAACCUUGAACAAUUACCCUACUUACAAGCAACCGUCAAGGAAACCUUAAGGUUACACACCCCUAUACCUCUACUAGUACCUCAUAUGAACCUUGAAGAAGCUAAGCUUGGUGGGUAUACUAUACCUAGAGAGUCGAAGGUGGUGGUUAACGCGUGGUUGUUGGCUAACAACCCCGAGUGGUGGAAGGACCCACAAGAAUUCCGGCCCGAGAGGUUCCUCGAGGAGGAAGGGGCAACGGAUGCAACCGUGGGUGGUGGAAAGGUGGAUUAUAGGUUCUUGCCAUUCGGUGUUGGAAGGAGGAGUUGCCCUGGAAUUAUAUUGGCUUUGCCAAUUUUAGGGCUUAUUGUUGCUAAAUUAGUGACUAAUUUUGAGAUGAAACCUCCUCUAGGGGAAGAAAAGAUUGAUGUGAGUGAGAAAGGAGGGCAGUUCAGUUUGCACAUUGCCACUCAUUCAACUGUCCUCUUCUCCCCUAUACAUGGAGCUUCAAGUAAUUAAUCGUACGCCGGGCGAAAAACCAAGUUUUAUCAUCCAAUAUUUGUUAAAUUGUCCUAGGGUUGAGAUCUUAUGUAACUUCAUUAUGUUGUUAUUUAGAGUUUGCUUCAUGUUUAAAGUUCGUUUCAGCCAACUAUACUUUUAUGUAUGUCAAUGUGUUGAUGUUUCUUUAUGUGAAGUUAAAUAUACAGUUAACUA